AUGGCGUCCGGAGUCCCCCAAAACAGUCGCCAGUUAAAUCCAGGCUCCCCCCACCCCCCGAGCGGUAAAUCCAAAAUCGGGGUCACGGUGUCCGGGCGUCUGCCGCCGCCGCGCGGGCCCCGCCGCCGCCGCCGCCGCGGUCACUGGCUGCGCAUCGGCGGCUCCGAGAACGUGGAUGCGGCCACUGCGGGGCGCGCGCGCGCGGAGCCGCUGCCGUGGAGCGCCGAAGCCGCGCCCGCACCGUGUGUCCCCGCGAUAGCCGGGGGACCCGAACGCCUUAAUGAGAAGGAAAUUAUCAUAACUCCUCCCCGGGGGCCGGCGGAGGCCCGGGCGGGGCGGGGCCGCCCCCAGCCAGUCCCGGCGAGCUCCGCCCCGCACCCCGGCUGGGCGUCGCGCGCCGGGGCCCCACGCCGCUCGGGGCGACGCGGGAGCGCGGUGGGCGGCGGGCGGCUCGUUGAAAACUCCGAGGCCCGGGAACCGCGACGCGUCCUCCUCGGCCAGUCCCAUCCCGCACACACCUCAAGAUGCGCUGAACCGGGAAUCCAGAUCCCAAAGCCCCGAGAUCCUCUCUGCUCGCCCGGCAUCCCAGCCCCCUUAGGCCAGGAGAUGUCACCUGGAGGUGGGGUCCUGGCAUCCGGGGGUGGUGUCUCAGCACCGGGGCUCCUCACCCCCAGGACACUUACAGAGUGGGCUGGGGUCGCGCGCGGUACAAGCCCUAGCCGGGCAGAGGCGCCCCUGCCCCGGCUCCCUGGACCCUCCCCUGCCAGCCCGGCCUUCUUGCGGGCUUUCUGCCCCGGAGCGCGGAAAUCAGGCGGCUGUGCCACGGGCUCGGAAGUGGAGACAACGGUGUGUCGGUGUCCACGCUGUGGCACGGAGCUGCGGAACGUGGCCAGCCUCCGCCCUGCCCUGCUACCCAGCCUAGCCCUGCCCACGGCUGCUUCGUCCCCGGCGGUCCGCGGCCAGGGGCGGACGGGACGUGGUCACUCGCACCCCGCCAGUCCCGAGCUGUCCUUCCUUCCCGGGACGCGCUCGCCCAGGCUGCCCCGAGGAGCGGAGCCGCCUCCCGGCCCGGGGCGCGCGGCGGGCCGAGGGAUUGGUGGGCACCGAGGGUCCGCGCCGCUCUGGGGAUCUCCCGGGGCCCAGAAGCGUUCGCUCGGGGAAGGCCGCACCGACGAUCGCCGUCGUGCCGGGAGCCUGCACGGCCGGGGCCGUCCGAAGGCUCGCGCAGCGCCGGUGUUCGCAACCCCGGCCUCUGGUGAGCCCAGAUUCUCAGCUGAAAGCGGGAGCCCACGCCUGGAGUACCCAAGACAGACCCCACCGCCCCCGAGGCCGCGGGAGCCCCUGGUGCCGGCUGGACCCCCGGACGCCGCCUCCUCCUCCGGGCUGACAGAAGUGGACGGACCCGGAUUCCCGCCCGCGGAAACCGAGGCGCGGGGCGGCGGCGCCCGGGCUCCGCUGUCGCCCCCUAGGGGCCCCGCAGCCACUCACACCCUGGGAGCCGGGGCCCCGCGGCCCGCAGCCGGCUCCCAGCCUCGACUUGGCCAGAGGACCCAACCAGGCCCGAGCCAAGGGUGUCAGCAGCGCCCCGCCUGCGCCCGCGUCACUGUGCGGGGCCCCGAGGCCCCCGCCCGCACCCCGGCCCGAGGACGCCGCCUGGCGGGGAGGGCCGGCCGGGGCCGGCCUUCGACUCUGACCCAAGGGGCGCCGGGGCGGCAGGUGGAGGAGCCGCGCCUCAGCACUGAGCCCACGGCCCGGGGCUCCGAGAUACCAUCCUGCAUCAAAAUUCCCCACGCAGGGGCGCGGGAGGCCGCGCGGACACCCUCCCGCCCCGCCCAGUCCGUCGGCUUCGCGCCACGCCAGGCCCGGGCAGAGACCCGGCCGCUGCCCCUUCGCCGGCGCCAGUCACUCUGGGAGCUCCAGGCCGCCGACGUGGCCUUGACCACCACUCCGCCCGUCUCACGCCGUCUGAGGAACAGCGGUCACGUUCGCCCCGGAGUGCGGCCCCCUCCCCGCCGGCGUGCGGGGAUCGGGGGUCGGGGAUCCGCUAGGAGACGCGCGGGAGCGGCUCGCCCCGCUCUGCCCCGGGAGGUCCCCGGUUCCCUCGGGGAGGCAGAGCGCCCGUCACCUUCCACCAGCGUCGGUUACGCUCGGGGGCUGCGGGGUGUCCCUGGAGGCCUGCUCCGCCGGGGUCUAGGGUCACCAAGCACCUCCGGGCCAGGAACUGGAAAUUCAUGUCGCCAGCUCCUCCACUCCAGCCGGCGGGGACUUCAGAGCCGAAGCGACGCCGGCCGGCCAGCGCUCCCUCGGGGCCGAGUCCUGUGCGAGUAG